AUGAGUCAAUUGAUACCUCCUAAAAAUGGCGCUUUUGGGACGGUUUCCCUCGUUGAUGAUCCUUUCAAUUCUGGGAUUUCAACGAAAUCGUCAUGGGAAGUAAUCGGGAGAGGAUCGUUUGGAAAAGUUUAUCUUCUUAAAGAAUAUGAACCACCAAUAGAAUAUUGUUGUGAGGGAUCGCUGAGAAAUGUGAUUUGUGAUCCGACUGUGAAUUAUUCGAUGGCAACUCUCACCAAAUGGGCGCACAACAUUUUCUCCGCUUUACGGUUUUUGAAAAUGAAACGAAUCGCACACCGAGAUGUGAAACUGGAAAACAUAUUCGUUACCGAAGGCUUUGAGUUAAAACUUGGUGAUUUUGGGAUUUUCAAACGGUUCGAGGAUGGGAAAGAAGUAGCGAUUGAUAACGCUGGCACCCCAAACUACAUGGCCCCUGAGCUGUUAGAAACUAGCAGUCAACUGAGUGAAGAUGAUCUCUAUCAAUGUGAUGUUUUUGCUGCUGGUCUCGUGCUUUGGGAGGCAACAUUUAGAGAGAGACUCCCCAACUCAUCAUCAGGAAACUCCCCAAUUACUCUUCAUUUCCCAUCAACAACCUCACCAGAUGUUCAACAGUGUUUCGAUUUAAUUGAAAGAUGUUCAUCUUCUAAAAUUUCGAUCAAAUCUCGUCUAACAACUGAACAAGCCUUAUUGGAAGUGGAAUCACUGGGCGAGAACUUCAAAUCCCUCAUUUUCGAACCAGAAAGAUCUCGAAAUCAGUGUUUGAAGACUUUGCCUGAAGGUCUAUGCAUCGAGAUGCCAACAACACAUAACUCUUUGCAUCCACCUGACGCAACAUUUGGCACAGAUGGAGCAGAUAUGUGCUUCGGAAAAACCAACACUAUUGAUUCACCUGAAAGAAAUGCACAACAAUCUAUCGAAAUGGGA